GGAUUCAUUCAGGGCAUAUUAACCAUUUGCACCUGGAAACUCUUGAUUGGUCUAGCUUUUCCAACCCCGCCCAAACGCCUUCAAAAUACAACCGCUGCUUGGUAUGGCUCCUUAUUUUUCUUUGCGGCUGCAAGUUUGAAGAGAAGUAUGCACGAAUGCAAGAAUGGCGAGUGACAGCACACCGGAGUUAGAAGACCUGCCUGCAUCGUUUAAAUCAACGGUGUGGGGUAAUUUCGGGUUUCCCGUGACUUACAAUAAAGGUGAGCGAGAAGUAGACAAAACGAAGACUGUCUGUCGGCGUUGUUCGACAGUGGUUAGUUAUGCAAAUGGGAACACUUCGAACAUGCUAAAGCACAUCCGACGACAUCACCCAGGCAUCCCCAUAACUGGAACAAGACCGAAAAAAAAGAGUGUCCAGUCACUUCUCCCCACCGUGUUUCACCAACCACUAGACACAAACUCUACUAGAAUGAAAAAAAUUACCGACGCAGUUGGGAUUUAUAUUGCAUCCGCAAUGCGCCCAUACUCCACUGUGGAAGAGGAAGGCUUCAAAUAUUUGUUACAUGUGCUAGAACCACGUUUCAUGGUGCCAUCCCGCAGCCAUAUUAAACGGUAGUACCAGACAUUUACAAAAGAACAAGGCACGUAGUGGAAUUGGAGUUGUCAGCGGCUCCUUCUAUUGCUCUCACAACUGAUUUGUGGACGUCUCGAGCUACCGAAAGCUUUCUCACAAUAACGGCGCAUUUUAUCAGCUCUUUGUGGGAGAUGAGAACGGUAGUCCUACAAACGCGCCCCUUGUACGAGCAGCACACAAGUAGCCACCUAGCUGAUAAGCUAAAUGAAGUUGUGUCAGAGUGGAAACUCGAAAGGCCUGGGAUGAAUAAAGCAGUCACCACCGACAAUGCAAGAAACAUUGUCAAUGCAAUUGGUGAGGCAGGGCUCGGUCCGCACAUAGCGUGCUUUGCCCAUACCCUUAACUUGGCCGCUAAGAAAGCACUCGAUGUCAAGCAGGUAUCGAAUGUACUUGCAAAAAUGAGAUCAACAGUGUCAUACUUUCACCGCAGCACAACGGCUGCCUACAUUCUGGAAACGAAACAGGACAUGCUUGAUUUGCCGCACCACAGUCUCAUCAUUGAUGUUGCCACGCGCUGGAACUCCAGCUACGAAAUGGUCGAGAGAUACCUAGAGCAACAAGCUGCUAUCUACUCAGCCUUGACAGAGAAGAAAAUCAAGACCAAGGGCAUCGCUAAUCUGUCAGAUCAGGAGCUGUCCUAUGCAGAGAACAUAGUCGAUGUUAUGAAGCCUCUGAAGAUGAUCACAGCAGUUAUUAGGACAGAAACAGCACCAUCUAUUUCCAUGAUCCUGCCUCUGCAAACUACAAUCCUGAAUGCCACACAAGAAAAUACAUCUGAUGCUCCAAUUACCAGGGAGAUGAAAAAUGCAAUUGGAGAAAACUUCAAAGGCAGAUACGAGGACCCAGACCUCAGGGAUUUCCUAAAUAAAUGUACAUUAUUGGACCCCAGGUUCAAAACACUGAAUCACCUAGAUCCAGCGUGCCACAGGAAAGUCCAUGACGAUAUUAUCAGAGAAGUGCUGGGAAGAGCACAACAGAAUGAUCUGUCUCUGUCCACACAGGAGGACAGACCAUCAACUUCACAGGCCACUCCUUUGCCAGUGAAGACAGAGGAGUCAGAGGUAUCCUCCUCCCCACCUCCUUCCAAGGGGUCAGCAAUGGCAGAAAUUUUUGGCUCCCUCUUCAGGGCUGAUCAGAGGAGCCAGCCUACUUUGAAUCAGAAGUUAAAGGAAGAAGUCAUAGUCCGGGAGCCAUGGGGUCGGACCCGGAAUUUUUGGUUAAAGUUUUUUUUUUUGCUUUAUCUUAUAGAUUUGAGGUAGCUCUUCAAGAUUUAAGAGGGUGCCCGGUGAUAUCCCUUGGCCAAUUUAAUAUAUUAACCCUUUAAUGCCCUAUAUGCCCAAAUAAUGGAAGAAAAUACAAAAAAAAUAAUAUCAGUGUAAAUACUGAUAUUAAAUGCACCAAGUU